AUGGUUUGCCUCAACUGCUGCAAAGGGGGGGCCGUCAAGGGCAAGCCUCCUUCCGAAGCAGCAGCAGCUGCAGCAAAGGAGCAGGAGCAGCAGCAGCAGCAGUACGAGGACUUCGAGGACCUUACCCCGAAGCAGUCAGCAGCAGCAGCAGCAGCAGCAGAUGGGUGCCUGUCAGUGACCAAGGAAGAGUCCCCUGGGACAGCUGACGAGAACGGAGCAGCAGCAAACGCUGCAGCAGCAAAUGAGGAGAGCAAGCCAGCGGAGCCACUGCAGCAGCAGCUGCAGGAGGAGCUGCCUCAGCUGCAGCAGCAGAGGCAGCAGCAGGACCAGCAGCAGCAAGAAGACGCUGGACAAGCAGCAGCGGCAGCAGCAGCAGCAGCAGCAGAUGACGACAACGCGGACUUUGCUUCCGCCGUAGAGGGGCCCUCGCCUCCUCAAAACAGCUCGUCGCCAGUUGCUGCUGGGGAGCAGCGCGUGCGGCAGCUGCUGCUGCAGCAGCACCUGCAGGAGCAGCAGCAACAGAAGCAGCAGCAGCAGCAGCAGGAGGCAGCAGCUGGCUCUUCUUCGAAGGGUGCCUCUGCAGCAGCUGCGCCGCCUGCUGCUGCUGCAGCGGCAGAUGGCCCGAAGAAGGCAGCAGCGAAGGCAGCAGCAGCGCCGCCGCCAGCAGCAGCAGCAGCGCCGGCCCCAGCAGCAGCAGCAGCAGCAGCAGCAGCGCCACCAGCAGCAGCAAGCGAAAGCCUCUCAGCAACUCUUUCUCGCAUUGUGCAGCAAAGCUUUGAAGACCCAGGGGGCUUCUGGGGGCGGCUAGUAACUUGUUUGACCCCGGGGCCCCCAGCCCCUCCCCAAGAGGAGGGGGGCCCCCCCGAUGGGCCCCCAGGGGCCCCCCAGGGGGCCCCCGCGCAGGAGUCCCCCCAGGGGGGCCCCCAGGGGCCCCCGGGGGGCCCCUCGGAGGCCCUCGACAGGGACCAGGAGCCCGCUGAGGAGUUGGAGGCAGCAGAUGUGUCUCUUCCGGCAAGUCCGGUUGCAGACAAGGGCGCAAGAAAAGCAGCAGCAGCAGCGCCUGCAGCAGCAGCAGCAGCAGUAGGCGCAGCAGCAGGCGCAGCAGCAGCAGGCGCCGCGCCGGCGCCUGCAGCAGGCGGCGCGGCGGAAGCCGCAGAGCAGCAAGUGCUGCUGCAGAAGCAGCAGCAGCAGCAACGACGGCGAAGAAUGCGGCGCAGCAGCUGCAGCAGCUGCAGCACGGGAGUUCGGGAGCAGCUGCGUCAGUGA